AUGUCUGCCGCCGACGACCUGUCCUCCCACAUGGCCGAGUCCGGCGUCACCAUGCACUCCGACAGCGAGCAGUACUCAGCCGGCGAGGAGAACUCGACCUCACCCGAGUCGUCCUCCUCGUCCACCCCCAUGAUCCUCUACCAGCCCCCGACCAUGUGGGGGCUCGUCCGCGGCGCCGCCAUCAACCUGCUGCUGCCUUUCAUCAACGGUAUGAUGCUGGGCUUCGGGGAGCUGUUCGCACACGAGGCCGCCUUCAGGUUGGGAUGGGGCGGCACCAAGGUCUUCCCCAUGUCCAGGAGGCAGGCACAUCCCAUCGGCCCCGGGCUCGAGAUCAGAGAGAAGCCAGCGCGGCCACAGCCCGGGCUCCAGGACCUUACCAGCCUGGAAUGA